AUGCGAUACAGUACUGGUGAUGAAUUGGGAUUUUUAGGCGAUGCAUGGACAGCUGGGACGACGGCUGAAAUGUGGACAAGAAGGUUUUUGGUACUCAAAGAAGAUAUAUGA